AUGGCCGACGUAUCAUUCGAUUACUUUGAUCACCCUCAGCACAAACAGAACCUUGGUGUUCCUGCAUCCUUCUACGACCCCGCAGACUUCAGCGGUGAUUCGGCCCAUUCUCCCGACUCGCCCCUCUCUCCCGUUUUUGCCAACCCCUAUCAGCUUCCCGUCUCUAGCGACUGGGUGAGCUGGGACGACAAGGCUACUCUCUCUCCUGAUCUUGACACCCUCCCCAAGCAGGAGCCCUUUGAGAACAUCAACCUCUCCACCAUCCCCUCCCGAAACAGCAUGGAGCUCAGCCCCGCCAUCAACCCCCACGACCUCUCCGGCACUAUUCCGGACGCCGUUCCCUUUGGUCGAGUCGGCCUGAACGACAUUGACGCUCAGCCUCUCUUCCAGACUCCCAUGCCUUCCAUCUCUUCUCAACCUCCUCAUCUUCAGUCCUCCAUGAUGCCUCCCACCACCAACCCUCAGAUGUCGGCCAUGAACAGCAUGGCUGCCAAGGACGCACGCAACCGAUAUCCUUCGCGCAAGCGCAAGUCUUCGGGCUCUGGCUCCUCUUCUUCUCGCUCCUCUGCUUCUCCCCCUCCCGCCACCCGCCGCCAUGGCUCGCCUCCCAAGAAGACUGCGCACAACAUGAUUGAGAAGCGCUACCGCACCAACCUCAACGACAAGAUCGCCGCCCUCCGCGACUCAGUCCCCGCUCUCCGCGUCAUGGUGCACCGGUUAGAGACCCAGGGUGCUGAUGGCCUCGAGGAGGAUCCCGAGGAGGAUCUCGGUGGACUCGCCCCCGCGCACAAGCUCAACAAGGCCACCAUCCUCAGCAAGGCGACCGAAUACAUUGCACAUCUGGAGAAGAAGAACAAGAGCCUCGCACGCGAGAACAACCAGCUCCGGAAUCGCGUCGAGGGCUUUGAGAUGCUCGUCAUGUCCCGAGAUCAGGCGCCACCCGCUGGUGUCUGGGCUUAAGGCAUCAUAGACAUAGACACUGUGAUUUUUGCAUUGCAAUUUUCUUGGGCGGAGAAAGCGAGCGCGAGACGUGAGCUUGUGUGAUGAAUCAUGAUAUCCCUGGAGUUUCUGGCGCAAGAGAGGAAUGGACGGACACUGAUUAAAUUCGCGAACCUGGCGCAGCGGACAUUGGUUACCGGCCUGAGGGCCUUGGGAUCAAAACUUGGGCAGGAUUUUGUUUGGAAUAGUUAUACCAUCUCCAAUACACUCUUAAUAUUG